GCCCAAUGCAAAAUUUUCAAAAAUUGAAAUGUUGAAAUUUGAAAAUUUUUGAUUUUAUUCAAAAUUAAAUUAUUUUAAGAUCAAGAUCAGCCCAAUUGUACGCAAAACCAAAAGUAGCAAAAUCACCGACCAACACAAGUUCAAAAAUUGAAAAUUUUUGAUUUUAUUUGAAAAUAUAUCAACUUGAAUCUAGACGUACCGAAUUGAAACGACAAGAAGAGAUUAUACGAAUUUGUCGAUCGAGAUGGAAGGCUUUUCGGUUCUCAAGGGUUUGGAGGAUUGUUGGAGGAGAUCACAUGACCAAUCUUCAUGGCAAUCAAAAACGAUACUAUUUAGAUUUUAACUUCGAAUAAGUAGAUUUUCAUUGAACAUCACAUUCUUUUAGCAUUUUAUUGUUUAUUACAUUGCAAGGAAACAUCUGAAUUUGCAAAUACUGUCACUUAUAUCUUGCUUCUUUUUUUUUCCUGUACCAAGAAGAAGAAUGGUUCAUUGUAUUGUCGAUUAAUGUUGGUUAUCAUCACAAUCUAAAAUCGGUUGUGAUGUUUGACACCACUGUAGUUAAGGGACAAACGUUGUUGUCCUCCUACGUUGAGGUUGUAAAUAAGAAUGUUAUGGUCUUAAAAACCACCAUUGUGUAAAAUUUAGAAUAUACCAGGAGCUGCAUGCUGUCAUGAAAAAUAUGAGUAGCACGGCUCCUGGUAGUAGAAAAAGAAAAUUUGCACCAGCAUGUCGACUAAUUAAAAAGCUUUAUUAUGAAGUAUCCUCGUCCUCGUCGGGGGCACGAUGAACAUACUACAGUAUUCAUCUGAGACCACCUGCUCUCAUCUUCUGGGACAUCUCAUCAGUAGGUCGUCAGUGCAUACGACUAGCAUAUCAUGUGUACAUCAUAAUUAUGCCCAGGGUGCUUCAGGAAUCUACUCAGACCAUCUCAGGAGGUGGAUUUGAAUCAUGAAGAUGAAGCAACGUGAUGGCUACGACCGUCAGCUGACAAACUUCGAAGAAGAGAAAAACUACAGUAUCAUAAUCAUGAUCAUGAGGUCGUGACAGGGAAUUAUCUUCUUCUUUAUAUCGAUGGAUUCACAUUCAUAAUAUUUCUAUACCAGUGAAAGGAACGGAAUUUGCUA